CUUUCCUCAUCCAGAAUCUCCCGUCACUCGCUCCAACCCUCAUCCCAUUAAAUAUCUACCAGAAGCAGUAUCUUACAUUAAUACUGGAGGAGAUCGAAGGGUAAGAAUUCAGAGGGACUUGGCUAUGGAAAUCCAGCAGGAAAACAACUCAAAAGUUUUGAGGGUGGAUUCUAAGGAGGCUUGGGAGUCCUUCAUAGCUCAAUCAAACAACCAAGGAUGCCCUGUUUUUGUCCACUUUACAGCUUCAUGGUGUGUUCCAUCUCUUGCUAUGAACCCUUGCGUUGAGGAGCUAGCCACAACUUACCCAAAUGUACAGUUUCUGGUGGUAGAUGUUGAUGAAGUCAAGGAGGUUGCUUCAAAAAUGGGGGUGAAAGCAAUGCCCACAUUCAUACUAAUGAAAGAUGGAGAGGUUGCACGGAAGUUGAUUGGAGCAAAUCCUGAUGAGAUAAGGAAAAUGAUCGAUGCUUGUCUUCGGCCUACAAGCAUAGCCGGGUAGUAUUUCUUGUGUUUUAAUAUAUUUAGGCAAAUCAAUAAGGCCUUUUAAUUAGUGAAUCCUCCUCACAAAGAUAAUUUAUGAGUGACGUAUGUAUGUUUUGUAUCAUGAGCCCAAGUGAAAGUUGUUGCUUAAGGAGCAAUUAUUCAAGACUGGUGUGAAAAAUUUGUACAUUUGGCAUAGAUACGAUGAUAACAAGCUUAUGUUGGUGUUGUCAAAUAUCGAUAACUUAGGGAAAUGUAUACGUGCAUCGUAAUUUUUUGA